AUGCCACCACACCCCCUCCAUCCGCGGUCGCGAAUGACCUCAUCCCUCUUCGCAACCACAGUCGUCGCCAGCUUCUUCGUCGUCGGACUGCCGCAUCUGCUACCCUGUCCGGCACCCAGAGUCACUUACGCCGAUGGCGACAUUAUGAUUGGAGAGGAUGGCCGCCGGAGGAGGCGGAAGCGUCGCGAGACUCCCGAGAUCAAGGACGGCAUCGUCAACUUCGACCAAGUCGGCGAUGAGGAGACAUUACGACUGAGAGAGGAGCGCUUGCGGAGGGAGUGCCCAGUCCCAAAGCCAGGCGGCAUACUGGGGGAAUGGUUGGGAUUCCACGGACCGAGCAAAGAGACACCAGAGGCCUCAAGGUGA